ACUUAGGCCUGGACCUGCCUUCUGCCUCCUCCCCAUUGCCUGCCCAGCUUCCUGAGUUUCCUGAGAAGCCUUGCAGGAAACAUGCUCUUGACAGCCCUCACCAUCCCCUCAGCUUCUUUGUCACCUCCUAGACCACUGUCCCUGCUGUUUCUCAGAAUGAGGUACUUAUGAUUAUUCCCAGUUUGCAAAUUAAGAAACUAAGUCUCAAAGAGGCACAGGUAGGACACUGAACAGCAGCCUCUUCCAGCCCAGAGCGAUGGAGAGAAAUGAUUCCUCUCGCGUGGACUCUGAGUUCCGAUACACCCUCUUCCCGAUUGCUUACAGCAUCAUCUUCGUGCUGGGAGUCAUCGCCAAUAGCUAUGUGCUGUGGGUGUUUGUCCGCCUUUACCCUUCCAAGAAACUCAAUGAGAUAAAGAUCUUCAUGGUGAAUCUCACCAUGGCCGACCUGCUCUUCUUGGUCACCCUGCCCCUGUGGAUUGUCUACUACUACCAUCGGGGCAACUGGAUUCUCCCCGCAUUCCUGUGCAAUCUGGCCGGCUGCUUUUUCUUCAUCAACACCUACUGCUCAGUGGCCUUCCUGGCCGUCAUCACUUACAACCGCUUCCAGGCGGUGACACGGCCCAUCAAGACGGCACAGGCCACCACCCGCAAGCGUGGCAUCUUUUUGUCUGUGGUCAUCUGGGUGGCCAUUGUAGGCGCUGCAUCCUACUUCUUUGUCCUGGACUCCACCAACGUAGUGCCCAACAAGACCGGCUCAGGCAAUAUCACCCGCUGCUUUGAGCAUUACGAGAAGGGCAGCGUGCCUGUCCUCAUCAUUCACAUCUUCCUUGUGUUUGGCUUCUUCCUUGUCUUCCUCAUCAUCCUCUUCUGCAACCUGGUCAUCAUCCGCACGCUGCUCAUGCAACCCGUGCAGCUGCAGCGCAACGAGGAAGUCAAGCGCCGGGCGCUGUGGAUGGUCUGCAUGGUCUUGGCGGUGUUCAUCAUAUGCUUUGUGCCUCACCACAUGGUGCAGCUGCCCUGGACCCUGGCCGAGCUGGGCUUCCAGAACAGCAGCUUCCACCAAGCUAUUAACGAUGCUCAUCAGGUCACCCUCUGCCUUCUUAGCACCAACUGUGUCUUGGACCCCAUCAUCUACUGUUUCCUAACCAAGAAGUUCCGCAAGCACCUCUCUGAGAAGUUCCACAGCAUGCGCAGCAGCCGGAAAUGCCCCCUGGUCACCACGGAGACUGGCACCGAAGUGGUCUUGCCACUGAACCAGAUCCCUGUCAAUUCCCUCAAAAAUUAGUCUCUGAUUGUUGGGGCCAGGCCCAGAGGCUUCUCUCUCAGGGACAUUACUACCGACUUAGGGGGAAGAGGGGGUAUCUACUGUGGUCUGGGCACCUCCUCCCUGGGCACUGGGGGCCCACUAGAUAUGGAGGCUACCUCCCCAACGUAUGAUGAUGGCAGAGUCAGACUGCUGGAAAAUCCAAAACUUGAAUGAGCCCCUUCAGCCACCUUUGGGCACAUGCCAUAUUAACCUUGGCUGGUGACCUUAUCCUGAGUGCCCGAACCUGAUAGUUCUGGGAGGAAAGUCAGGGCCAGGGGCAAACCUGGUGGGAAGACUGAGGCAUCCAGUUCACUAAGCGGGGCAACAGCCCCAAGCGAGUGUGGCCUAAAGUUUUGUGCAAUCACUCCCUUUAUUAUUAUAAAGACAGAGAAGGGGGUUUUGGGAAAGGGACACUCCCCUGGCAGUGUGACAGUAUCUUUGGGGCAGACUUUUGAGGUAGGAUGGUGCCACCUUGUCUCCACCCAUGGAAAAAGGUCUUUGUGAGAUUUCUUUGGGGAAAUAGCUCAAUGGAAACGUCUCCCAACUCAUCCAAAAACCUGUCCUGAAUGAUGACCAGAGAAGAUAAAACAUACAUAGACCAAACACUAGGACAGAGAGAUUGUUUCCUGAGGCAGAUGUGUCUCUCUGCACAGGCCUUACCCCAGGCCUGGGUCAGCUCUGGUGGAGUGGCAGAGACACAUUCGUGCUACACCCAUCCGUCUGUCUCAAUAACAGACCCUGAUGAAGUACCUCCUGUGGGCAGCCACCCACUGUGGGUGGGAAAAGUCCCCUCAAACCCAAACUCAGGCUGUCCAAGGUACCGUGAUGCCCAGAGGCUUCUAUGACAACAGAGCAUAGGCUGGGAAGUGCCUGUGUGUGUGAAAUGCCCCAAGAGUGGAAGGAGCCUAUCAGUUCUCCCUGCAUCGCUUAGAGGCCCCUCCUAAUUUAGCUUCCAGGAGGUGGAAGGAGGAGUUAUGGUCUUAAGGGCCAGGAGACACUUGAAUUCUGGGUGCAGAAGAAAAGUGUCAGCUUCUCGAGGCUCUCUAAAUGUCUGCCUAUGAUUUUCAGCAAAUAAUUUCAAAUGACCCUCCUCUCACACCCUGAGCUGAGUACUUGCAGUAUGAACCUGAAAGUCCCAGACCCAAGGCUGAGAGGAGACUUCUCUGAUUUCCAGAGCCCUGUGGGCCUUCUGAGAAAUCUUCUUCCCUUCCAACUAGUGUCUCCAUAAAGUUGGGAUCCUUGUUCCCUGUCUAUUGGGCAAGCACUGGGUUGAUGAUUUUAAUAAUUGCUUCUCAAUGGGCCAGUAACCUGCUUGGGUCCAGGAUGGCAGCUGUGGGCUGGACUUAGCUGAUGGUGACCAGGUAGGUAGUGUAGCAUACUAGAGCUUUGGUGUCACACAGACCCAGGUUCAUAUCUUGGCUUUGUCACUUCCUGUUGAUGGACGGCGAGCUGAAUUUCCUACCUCAUAGGGUUGUUACGAGCAGUGAAUUAAGUUGCUGAGGCAAAUACCUCUUGGUCAGGGUGACUGCUCAUUCCAGGUUCUCCCUUUCUCUGAGAAUUUGUUCCCCUCAAUUUUAUAGGAGCCGAAUGGAUAAGAGGAGAGCAUCUAGCUCAAGUUGGGCCAGUCAGGUUCUUUCUCUCAGGAACAAGUAGCAAGAUUCAGGAAUGCUUUUUCAGGCUCUGCAGGUCACCUGCCUGAAGAUACAUAAACUCUGGAUCUGUGAGUGUGUGUGUCCACAUGCAUGUAUCUCAUCUAUCUAUGUGUAUAUGAGGGGGGUUGGGAGGGUGGCAGAGGGCAGCCAUAUGCAUGAAUGUACUAGAGAAAAUGGCUCUGCUCUGAGAGAAGAUGGAGGUGUAUAAAGCAAAGCAGAGACCAGAAGGAAACCCCAGGAGACUGGCGUGAGGAAGGGCAGUGCUUCCAGGGGCCUGCUGGCUCUCCUCCAGGCUAAGUCCUUCUUGAGGCACAACUGCACUUUUUUCUUUGGGGCCUGUGAGAGUGAGUCCUUUGUUAGGACACAUUCUCUUAUUUUGCUUAUGCUGAUUUGAGUUAUCUAUUACUUGCAACCAAAAGAGCUCUGAAUGAGAUAAAUGCUUAUAAGCUAAAGCACAGUGUUUCUCGAAUAUCAGUCAUUCAUCUACCCCUCUCUCAAUUUUUGCAGUAUCUAUGUACCAGCUGCAUGUUUACUUAAUAAAUAUUUUUCUUUAAAUCGAGUCAAUUUUUAAUACUUAAAUGUUUAAAAAGGAUACUUUGUAACUCAAUUGUAAAUGAAAGCAAAUGCUACCAGCCAUACAUAGAAGGUAAACAUAAACAUAAAGCAUAAUUAUUAAAAUUAAAAUGUUCUUGGUGUUCUAUCUAAAGUUACCUCCUAUGUCCCAGGAACUUGGAUAACGCACUUCAGGAAACACUGCUAUGGUAUGUAUAAGGUCUGCGUUCAGGAAGUGCUCAAUAAAGAAUAAGUCUGACAGUUCCGCGAUGGUAACUUAUGAGCACCCCUUGGUUCUCCCAGAAUGUUGCCCCAACACACAGGCCAGAGUCUCAUUUACACCCAGGGCCCAUGGGGGUGGGGGGAGUAUUUUAGUUUGUAGCCCAUGCUACAGCCCGGCUGAUCCCCUCACCACGCUGAAUACAGACACCUUUACACCCCCUGGGACCUCUACCUGGUUGUAACCUUCUGAGGUGCUCUCUCUUCUUUCCGACCUAUCCCAGAAUACCUCCUACUGGCAGCCUUCCUGAAGUCUUCCAGGCAGGUUCAUUGGCUUCCUUCUAGCAGCAUUUUGGGCUGGGAGGGUUCCAACUUUGUAAACCUUAAUUACUAUGGUUACUGAAGUUUUUGCAUUUCAAUGCCUGGGGCAGGAACUGAAUCUUAAUCAUCAGUGGAUCUACAGUUUCUCACAGAAGGGCUGGAACUGAGACCUGUCUGUCUCCAAAGCUUACUGCUUUCCCAGAAUGUUUUAAUAGCAUAAGCAGACAUAUUGACAUAGACAUGCACUUAUUUUGAAAGGGUUUAAGAGACCCUUUAGGGACAGCUAGGGAAGGAAUUUAAUACAUAUCCUUCCAAAAUUCUAUGUCCACAUUUUAAAAACAGAUGUCGGGGAUUUUCACAGGAUCAGAACAUUUUGGAAUUGCAAGGGUCCAAUUCCUUUAUCUUACUAAGGGGAACAUGGGACUCAGAGAGGCUAAAGGAUUGUAGAGAACACACAGCAUGAAACUGCCUCGAACCCAGAAUUGGCUGCUAAUCUAUGUCUCUCACUUCUUGCAAUGGUGACAAGGAUGAUAGGAAAAGCUAAGUUGUAAUUCUUUCGAAGUAACAUCACCAGUCAGGAUUUCCAAACCACCAUGUAUGUCAAGAAGCCCUCCCCCUGCGUGAAUGUCUGUUGUUUUCUUUCAUCGCCAUUCUCCAGUCUCAUCCCCUACAACAGUUCUAGAGUAUUCAAGAAAUACCCUUGACUUCGUAUGUAUCCUUCGAAAAUGGAGUGUUAUUUUCUGUGUGUAUUCAUUUUAAAUUUACAUAAAAGUUAUGAUUUACAUAGAUUGGGCUAUGGACCACAUUCUGUGACUCUUCCCUGCCCUCCCCGCCCACCCCCCAUUCAGCAUUGUUUUAACAUUUUGACCAAGUUAAAGUGCAUACAUCUGGUUCAUUGAUGCCAACAUUUGCCUGGUUCUCUAUUAUAUGCAUCUACAUUUUACUUACCUAUUCCCCUGGCAGUGAACACUUAGGUUGCCUUCAACUCCCUUUUCUAUAAACGAUGCUGUGAAGAGAUCCUUCUCAAUGUUCCCCUAUGCACCAAUGUAAGAAUUUCUCUGGAAUGUACACCCAGGAGUGACAUUCCUAGAUCAUAGUCUAUACUCAUACUUAACUGGAUGAAGAACUACCAGAUCACUUCUGGACUGGCUGUACCAGUCUACACUCUCACCCAUGGUUACAGGAGCGCUUCCGUUUUCCUAAUUCUCCACCCACCCUUGGCAUUAUCCAAUUUUCAAAUUGCUGGUAGGUGUGAAGUAAAAUCUUGUCUUUAGUUUGAAUUUCCCUAAGAUUACUAAUGGGUUUGUAGUCAUGUGCUCAUUAAUCAUUUGAACUUAGAUAAUUCUGACACAAUGUCACAUAGUGAUCAAUAAAGUGGCCCGUGGACCCAUGUUGUUAGGGUUCAAUUUCUGGCUCCACCUAGUUUGUGAUUUGGGGCAGACUGUUUAACCUCUCUCUGGGCUUCUACUUCUUCAUCUGUAAAAUGCAAAUAGUUUUACUGUUGACAUAAUAGCAUAGUUUUGAGGAUUUAAAAUUGCUUAAAACAGUGUCUGGCAAGAAAUAAGUACUUAAUAAAUGUUAUGUUUUGUCCUGAUAGAUGUUAUGUUUUGUCAUUUUCCAUGCAGCCUCCCUUUUCACUCUAGUCCAUAAUUCCAUUUCCCCUGCCCUUUUCAAAAAAAGUUUAUAUU